AGCCAUCGCAGUCACCACCAGCAAGAUGUCGGCCUCCUUGUUGCGUAGAGCGCUCAAUCUUUUCGACGACUUGGAAGAAGUGAAGGAAAAGCAGAAGUCCAAGAAGGCGGGCAAAAAUGCCCCUCCACAAAAGAGCAACCUCAAACAGACCAAGAAGCAACAGAUGAAGCACAGGGGCCUGCGGAAAAAGGCACUUCCGAACGAAGAGAAAAGGACCAGGGCCAUUAUAGACGAGCUUCGCAAGGCUCAGGCCACCGAUCACACGGAAGAGAACCUCAAGACGCUGCAGAAGUUGUCGCAUGGUUGCAGCCGCGCCAUCGACAAGGCAAAUCUGCACUCCAUGAUGCACAGGUCCGGCGCGGACGCAAGCGCGUCUACGUCGGACGACAGGCCUACGGCGUUCACGGACGAGGACUUCCGUCGAUUCGAGGAAGAGUACCAUAUAUCCUGAUUUCCUGCAGAGUAUGAUUAAAAAUCUUCCACACAUAUGC